AUGACCUUCACCAUUGAGGAAAUCAACAACAGCACAGAACUGCUGCCUGGGAUCAGGCUUGGAUACCAGAUCUACGACUCCUGUGCCUCCGUGUCACUGGCCACAAAAGCCGCUUUCCAGCUGAUCAAUGGCCUGGAGUCAACCUUCUCUCUCAGUGCACCAUGCUACAAGUCCGCCACGGUUUCUGCCAUUGUGGCUGAGUCUGGUUCCACAACUUCCAUUGCUAUGGCCCGAGUCCUCAGCCCCUUUGGCAUCGCUCAGGUGAGCCACUUUGCCACCUGUGCCUGCCUGAGCAACAAGCAGCAGUACCCUACCUUUUCCAGGACUAUUCCCAGUGACCAAUUUCAGGCAGCAGCUCUUGUCCAGCUGGUCAAGCACUUUGGCUGGACAUGGAUUGGAGUAGUGCACAGUGACUCAGACUACGGGAACAGUGGCAUGGCAGCCUUUCAAGCAGCAGCUAAGACAGAGGGAAUCUGUAUUGAAUACUCAGAAGCUUUCUACAGGACCAACCCCCUCUCACGCAUUCAACGGGUGGCCGAGGUUAUCCAGAGAUCUACUGCUCGGGUGGUCGUGGCAUUCGUUUCCACUGGUGACAUGAUUGUGCUGUUGAAAGAGCUGUUGGAACUCAACCUUCCUCCACUGCAGUGGGUUGGAAGUGAGUCAUGGAUCACCAACUCCGACAUGACCCGAUUUAACAUUUUUCUCGGUGCUGUGGGGUUUGGCAUUCGCAGAGCUGUGAUACCAGGCCUACGGACUUUCCUGCUAGACCUGAGCCCAGCACAAGCAUCUGCUUCACCUAUUUUACGAGAAUUCUGGGAAAGCGCAUUCAGGUGUCGUUUGGCAAGUGGUCCAGUAGGACCUGGGGAGCGAGUCUGUAAUGGAAGUGAAAGUCUGCAGCAGCUGCAGAAUGCCUACACGGACACAUCCCAGCUGCGCAUCACCAACAUGGUGUAUAAGGCAGUGUACGCAGUGGCACAUGGCCUGCACAGCCUUGUGUGCACACAGAAGAACGGCUCCACCCUGCAAUGUGACUGUGGAAUGAAGCUGAACCCUUUGCAGGUCCUGAAGCAUAUCCGUAAGGUGAACUUUACUCUCAAUGGGAACCGCGUCUCCUUUGAUGCCAACGGAGACCCUGUCGCUACCUACGAGCUGGUGAACUGGCAGCUGUCAGAGAACGGGCAGGUGGAGUUUGUGACUGUGGGGUACUAUGACGCAUCUGCACCAGAAGGGGAGCUCCUCACAAUGACCAGGAACAUCACAUGGACAGGUGGCCAGUCACAGGUACCCAAGUCAGUGUGCAGUGAGAGCUGUCCCCCAGGAACUCGCAAGGCUGUGCAGAGAGGAAAGCCUGUCUGCUGUUACGACUGUGUGCCCUGUGCUGAGAAUGAGAUCAGCAACGAGACAGACUCCCUGGACUGUGUCCGCUGUCCUUCCGAUGCCUGGCCCAACCCCCAGGGAGACGCCUGCAUCCCAAAGCCCAUCGAGUUCCUCUCAUUCAGCGAGUAUCUGGGAAUCAUUCUGGCUGCAAGCUCAGUGGUUGGAGCAUGUCUUGCCAUUGCCAUCGCAGCUGUGUUUUACCUGCAUAAGGACACUCCUAUUGUGAGGGCCAACAACUCAGAGCUGAGCUUCCUGCUGCUCUUCUCGCUCACCCUCUGUUUCCUUUGCUCUCUCACUUUCAUCGGCCAGCCCUCUCAGUGGUCCUGCAUGCUGCGUCACACAGUGUUCGGGGUCACCUUUGUCCUCUGCAUCUCUUGUGUUCUGGGCAAAACGAUAGUCGUGUUGAUGGCCUUCAGGGCUACACUUCCAGGCAGCAAUGUCAUGAAAUGGUUUGGACCUCCACAACAGAGACUCAGUGUUCUUGCAUUCACUUUCGUACAGGUCCUCAUUUGUGUGCUCUGGUUAACACUAUCCCCUCCUUUCCCCAACAAGAAUAUGAAGUACUACAAAGACAAGGUCAUUCUCGAGUGUGACGUGGGCUCAGCCGUGGGCUUCUGGGCUGUGUUGGGCUACAUUGGUCUCCUCUCUCUCAUGUGCUUUGUACUGGCUUUCCUGGCCAGGAAGCUGCCCGACAACUUCAACGAAGCCAAAUUCAUCACAUUCAGCAUGCUCAUAUUCUGUGCGGUGUGGAUCACCUUUAUCCCGGCCUAUGUCAGCUCACCGGGCAAGUUCACUGUAGCUGUUGAGAUCUUUGCUAUAAUAUCCUCCAGUUUAAGUUUGGUCAUGUGUAUAUUUGUUCCUAAAUGUUUUAUUUUACUGUUUAAACCAGAGAAGAACACCAGAAAGCACAUGAUGGGUAAAGGUGUGGGCAUGGCAGUACGCCCCCAGGAGCGGCCCCUAACACUCGAGGGCGACCAGGGGGACGGCCUCGAGGCCGGGGUGCGGGCCAAUCCGGAUGACUCCUGUGGAACCCUUGAAAUAAAACCUCUGAGCCCACACUUGUGUCCGUCGCUGAUUCCGGACCCCAGCAUGACAGAAGGUUCCACCAACACAACGAACGCAGUGGAGCUCAGACGCCUGCAACAUACUGUCUUCAUGCAAGGCACCUGGAUAGGAGCUCAGGCGCAAGCCCUGAAUGGGACUGAGGACACAGUCCAUGGGCUGCUUGCAGCAGUGCAAGACAAUGUGGAUGCCUCGUUAGUGGGGGUAGGGGCAGUCCUUUCCCAGAGGCAAGGGAACCCUCCAGAGAUGUGCCUCUGCGCAUACUUCUCCCACAAGCUCUUUCCAUGGCAGGCUGCCCCGAGUCAGGUGCCCACGGUACACGACUGGUACCGGGAAAGUGCUGAGACCUGGCGUUCAGUCCAGGACCAUCUCCAGGAGCGCACUGCACAGUACAAGAGACAGGCGGACCGGCACUGUCAUACCCUGUCUUUCCUGCCUGGACAAUGGGUCUGGUUUUCCACCUGCAACCUGAAACGGUGGCUGCCGUUAAGGAAGCUCACUCCCCAUUUUAUUGAACCCUACAAGGGCUCAUCGGGGCUUGGGUGCAAGCUGCUGGAAGGUUCUGUCCAAGCUGUACUGACAAAGCCUGGAGACUUCAUAAUCGGAGGUGUAUUCAUAAUACACACCUCCCUGAAAACGACAGAGCUCAUGUUCACACAUGCUCCAGAGCCACUGCAGUGCAGCGGCAGUUUUGAUUUCAGAGAGCUGCGCUUUGCCCGAGCCAUGACCUUUGCCACUGAGGAAAUCAACAACAGCACAGAACUGCUGCCUGGGAUCAGGCUUGGAUACCAGAUCUACGACUCCUGUGCCUCCGUGUCACUGGCCACAAAAGCCGCUUUCCAGCUGAUCAAUGGCCUGGAGUCAACCUUCUCUCUCAGUGCACCAUGCUACAAGUCCGCCACGGUUUCUGCCAUUGUGGCUGAGUCUGGUUCCACAACUUCCAUUGCUAUGGCCCGAGUCCUCAGCCCCUUUGGCAUCGCUCAGGUGAGCUACUUUGCCACCUGUGCCUGCCUGAGCAACAAGCAGCAGUACCCUACCUUUUCCAGGACUAUUCCCAGUGACCAAUUUCAGGCAGCAGCUCUUGUCCAGCUGGUCAAGCACUUUGGCUGGACAUGGAUUGGAGUAGUGCACAGUGACUCAGACUACGGGAACAGUGGCAUGGCAGCCUUUCAAGCAGCAGCUAAGACAGAGGGAAUCUGUAUUGAAUACUCAGAAGCUUUCUACAGGACCAACCCCCUCUCACGCAUUCAACGGGUGGCCGAGGUUAUCCAGAGAUCUACUGCUCGGGUGGUCGUGGCAUUCGUUACCCCUGGUGACAUGAUUGUGCUGUUGAAAGAGCUGUUGGAACUCAACCUUCCUCCACUGCAGUGGGUUGGAAGUGAGUCAUGGAUCACCAACUCCGACAUGACCCGAUUUCACAUUUUUCUCGGUGCUGUGGGGUUUGGCAUUCGCAGAGCUGUGAUACCAGGCCUACGGACUUUCCUGCUAGACCUGAGCCCAGCACAAGCAUCUGCUUCACCUAUUUUACGAGAAUUCUGGGAAAGCGCAUUCAGGUGUCGUUUGGCAAGUGGUCCAGUAGGACCUGGGGAGCGAGUCUGUAAUGGAAGUGAAAGUCUGCAGCAGCUGCAGAAUGCCUACACGGACACAUCCCAGCUGCGCAUCACCAACAUGGUGUAUAAGGCAGUGUACGCAGUGGCACAUGGUCUGCACAGCCUUGUGUGCACACAAAAGAACGGCUCCACCCUGCAAUGUGACCGUGGAAUGAAGCUGAACCCUCUGCAGGUCCUGGAGCAUAUCCGUAAGGUGAACUUUACUCUCAAUGGGAACCUCGUCUUCUUCGAUGCCAACGGGGACCCUGUCGCUACCUACGAGCUGGUGAACUGGCAGCUGUCAGAGCACGGGCAGGUGGAGUUUGUGACUGUGGGGUACUAUGACGCAUCUGCACCAGAAGGGGAGCUCCUCACAAUGACCAGGAACAUCACAUGGACAGGUGGCCAGUCACAGGUACCCAAGUCAGUGUGCAGUGAGAGCUGUCCCCCAGGAACUCGCAAGGCUGUACAGAGAGGAAAGCCUGUCUGCUGUUACGACUGUGUGCCCUGUGCUGAGGAUGAGAUCAGCAACAAGACAGACUCCCUGGACUGUGUCCGCUGUCCUUCCGAUGCCUGGCCCAACCCCCAGGGAGACGCCUGCAUCCCAAAGCCCAUCGAGUUCCUCUCAUUCAGCGAGUAUCUGGGAAUCAUUCUGGCUGCAAGCUCAGUGGUUGGAGCAUGUCUUGCCAUUGCCAUCGCAGCUGUGUUUUACCUGCAUAAGGACACUCCUAUUGUGAGGGCCAACAACUCAGAGCUGAGCUUCCUGCUGCUCUUCUCGCUCACCCUCUGUUUCCUUUGCUCUCUCACUUUCAUCGGCCGGCCCUCUCAGUGGUCCUGCAUGCUGCGUCACACAGUGUUCGGGGUCACCUUUGUCCUCUGCAUCUCUUGUGUUCUGGGCAAAACGAUAGUGGUGUUGAUGGCCUUCAGGGCUACACUUCCAGGCAGCAAUGUCAUGAAAUGGUUUGGACCUCCACAGCAGAGACUCAGUGUUCUUGCAUUCACUCUCAUUCAGGUCCUCAUUUGUGUGCUCUGGUUAACAUUUUCCCCUCCUUUCCCCAACAAGAACAUGAAGUACUACAAAGACAAGAUCAUUCUCGAGUGUGACGUGGGCUCAGCCGUGGGCUUCUGGGCUGUGUUGGGCUACAUUGGUCUCCUCUCUCUCAUGUGCUUUGUACUGGCUUUCCUGGCCAGGAAGCUGCCCGACAACUUCAACGAAGCCAAAUUCAUCACAUUCAGCAUGCUCAUAUUCUGUGCGGUGUGGAUCACCUUUAUCCCGGCCUAUGUCAGCUCACCGGGCAAGUUCACUGUAGCUGUUGAGAUCUUUGCUAUAAUAUCCUCCAGUUGCGGUUUGGUCAUGUGUAUAUUUGUUCCUAAAUGUUUUAUUAUACUGUUUAAGCCAGAGAAGAACACCAAAAAGCACAUGAUGGGCAAAGUUCCCUCUAAAUACACCGAGGUGAAGCUGACGCAGACCCCGAGCUUCUGCCAAAAGUCCUUCCAUACUCAGGACAUGAACUGGGGCCCCCAGUCAGAGACCACAUCCUCAGGCAACUUGUGCAGCCGGAACACCUUGUGGAAAAGCAUUUCGGCCAUAACCAGCACAGUGGGGAGUCAAGAAAGCGGAAUGAGGCGGCAGGCUUUGGAGAAGGAAUUAAUCAGGAUGACGGUGUUGCCCUCUGAGGCAGCAAAUCCGUUAGGAAAUUCACUGCCACAUGGGACCAAGGACUCAUCACAAGUAGGGUGCAGGCUGCUGGAGAGUUCUGGCACAGUCAUCCUGACACAGCCCGGGGACUUCAUAAUUGGAGGCGUAUUCUCAAUACACACCUCCCUGAAAACGACAGAGCUCUCAUUCACACACAUUCCAGAGUCACUGCAAUGCAGCGGCAGUUUUGAUUUCAGAGAACUGCGCUUUGCCCGUGCCAUGAUGUUCACCAUCGAGGAAAUCAACAACAGCACGGAAUUGCUACCCGGAAUCAAACUUGGUUACCAGAUCUAUGACUCCUGCUCCUCCGUGUCAGUGGCCACCAGAGUCACCUUUCAGCUGAUCAAUGGCCUGGAGUCAACCUUCUCUCUCAGUGCACCAUGCUCCAACUCUGCCACAGUUUCUGCCAUUGUAGCUGAGUCUGGUUCCACUCCCUCCAUUGCCAUGGCCCGUGUCCUCAGCCCCUUUGGAAUUGCUCAGGUGAGCCACUUUGCCACCUGUGCCUGUCUGAGCAACAAGCAGCAGUACCCCACCUUCUCCAGGACUGUCCCCAGUGACCAUUUUCAGGCAACGGCUCUUGCCCAGCUGGUCAAGCGCUUUGGCUGGACAUGGAUUGGGGCAGUGCACAGUGACUCAGACUACGGGAACAGUGGCAUGGCAGCCUUCCUGGCAGCAGCUAAGACAGAGGGCAUCUGUAUUGAAUACUCAGAAGCUUUCUACAGGACCAACCCUCUCUCACGCAUUCAACGGGUGGCCGAGGUUAUCCAGAGAUCUACUGCUCGGGUGGUCGUAGCAUUCGUUUCCACUGGUGACAUGAUUGUGCUGUUAGAAGACCUGCUGGAACUCAGUCUUCCUCCACUGCAGUGGGUUGGAAGUGAGUCAUGGGUCACCGACCCUGCUAUGACCCAGUUCCACAUGUUUCUUGGUGCCGUGGGGAUUGGCAUUCGCAGAGCUGUGAUACCAGGCCUACGGACUUUCCUGCUAGACCUGAGCCCAGCACAAGCAUCUGCUUCACCUAUUUUACGAGAAUUCUGGGAAAGCGCAUUCAGGUGUCGCCUGGCAAGUGGUCCAGUAGGACCUGGGGAGCGAGUCUGUAAUGGAAGUGAAAGUCUGCAGCAGCUGCAGAAUGCCUACACGGACACAUCCCAGCUGCGCAUCACCAACAUGGUGUAUAAGGCAGUGUACGCAGUGGCACAUGGCCUGCACAGCCUUGUAUGUGCAGAGCAGAACGGCUCCACCCUGCACUGUGACCGUGGAAUGAAGCCGAACCCUCUGCAGGUCCUGGAGCACAUCCGUAAGGUGAACUUUACUCUCAAUGGGAACCGCGUCUCCUUUGAUGCCAACGGAGACCCUGUCGCUACCUACGAGCUGGUGAACUGGCAGCUGUCAGAGAACGGGCAGGUGGAGUUUGUGACUGUGGGGUACUAUGACGCAUCUGCACCAGAAGGGGAGCUCCUCACAAUGACCAGGAACAUCACAUGGACAGGUGGCCAGUCACAGGUACCCAAGUCAGUGUGCAGUGAGAGCUGUCCCCCAGGAACUCGCAAGGCUGUGCAGAGAGGAAAGCCUGUCUGCUGUUACGACUGUGUGCCCUGUGCUGAGGAUGAGAUCAGCAACAAGACAGACUCCCUGGACUGUGUCCGCUGUCCUUCCGAUGCCUGGCCCAACCCCCAGGGAGACGCCUGCAUCCCAAAGCCCAUCGAGUUCCUCUCAUUCAGCGAGUAUCUGGGAAUCAUUCUGGCUGCAAGCUCAGUGGUUGGAGCAUGUCUUGCCAUUGCCAUCGCAGCUGUGUUUUACCUGCAUAAGGACACUCCUAUUGUGAGGGCCAACAACUCAGAGCUGAGCUUCCUGCUGCUCUUCUCGCUCACCCUCUGUUUCCUUUGCUCUCUCACUUUCAUCGGCCGGCCCUCUCAGUGGUCCUGCAUGCUGCGUCACACAGUGUUCGGGGUCACCUUUGUCCUCUGCAUCUCUUGUGUUCUGGGCAAAACGAUAGUGGUGUUGAUGGCCUUCAGGGCUACACUUCCAGGCAGCAAUGUCAUGAAAUGGUUUGGACCUCCACAACAGAGACUCAGUGUUCUUGCAUUCACUUUCGUACAGGUCCUCAUUUGUGUGCUCUGGUUAACAUUAUCCCCUCCUUUCCCCAACAAGAACAUGAAGUACUACAAAGACAAGAUCAUUCUCGAGUGUGACGUGGGCUCAGCCGUGGGCUUCUGGGCUGUGUUGGGCUACAUUGGUCUCCUCUCUCUCAUGUGCUUUGUACUGGCUUUCCUGGCCAGGAAGCUGCCCGACAACUUCAACGAAGCCAAAUUCAUCACAUUCAGCAUGCUCAUAUUCUGUGCGGUGUGGAUCACCUUUAUCCCGGCCUAUGUCAGCUCACCGGGCAAGUUCACUGUAGCUGUUGAGAUCUUUGCUAUAAUAUCCUCCAGUUGCGGUUUGGUCAUGUGUAUAUUUGUUCCUAAAUGUUUUAUUAUACUGUUUAAGCCAGAGAAGAACACCAAAAAGCACAUGAUGGGUAAAGUUCCCUCUAAAGCUCUGUGA